AUGUCUAUAACCGAAAUUGCAACUAAUGAUACGAAUUCAAAUAAGAAUAAAAAUGAAGUGAUAUCUUUGGUAUUAGAUUCCGGUUCGCUGAUAAAGGGGACCCCAGUUCGUCACUUGGCGGAAAAGUUCUAUACAGUGCCAGAGGUUUUAGCCGAAAUAAGAGAUAAAAAGUCACGAGAUUAUUUAGCGCAGCUCCCAUUUGAGCUUAUAUCGUUAACUCCAUCAGAUCAAGCUUUAAAAGAAGUGAUUAAUUUUUCGAAAAAGUCCGGUGAUUUUUCGAGUUUAUCUGUAGUAGAUAUCAAAGUGCUAGCGUUAACUUAUAUGUUGGAAGUCGAAGCAAAUGGCACCACUAGAAUUAGAAAAGAACCAAUAUGUGCAAGUUUUUUGUCUCUUGCGAAAAUGAUACAACCCGGGGUUUCUCAAACACAGAAUCAUCAAAAUGUGCAUAAUAAAGGGUUAUCUUCAUCUGCCGAUGAAAAACUAACUAUUACCGAAAAAAAAUCCGACAAAUUGUUACCUGAUAAAGAAACAUUACAAAAAAUACCACAUAUAAAACAGAUUGAUAGCGAUAAAGAUGAAGAGAUAUUGCAAAUGGAUCCAGAUAUUUCUAAUAUAAAGUCCGAUUCUUUUGACGUAUAUAAUGAUAACGAUGAAAAACGAAAAAAUGACGAACAAGAAGGUUUUUCAUUGUCUAAUGCAAAUAAUAAACCAGUAAUUAUGAAAGUUGCUUGUAUGACAACUGAUUACACUAUGCAAAAUGUAAUGCUACAGAUGCGAUUGAAUUUGCUCUCAAUUGACGGGAUAAGAAUCAAAAGGAUUAAAAGCUGGGUUCUUCGAUGUCAUGCAUGUUUCAAGAUAACAUCUAAUAUGGAGAAACAAUUCUGUCCAAAUUGUGGUGGCCCAACAUUAAUCCGAACUUCUACUAGCACCGAUGAAAAUGGUAAUAUCAAAUAUUAUUUGAAAAAGAAUUUUCAGUAUAAUCUACGCGGAACAAAGUAUCCUAUUCCAAAUCCAAAAGGAGGUCGCAAACCAAAUAAUCUUAUACUACGUGAAGAUCAGCCCGAAUAUCAAAAAGCAAUCAAGGCACAUCGUAAACAAAAAAUCGUGGAUAUAUUUGAUCCCGAUUAUGUCCCGAAAUUGUUAUUAGGCAGUUCAUCUAAUAGUAAAUCUUUUCCCUCUGGGCCACCCGUUAUUGGUUAUGGUCGUAGGAAUCCAAAUGAAACAAAACGCGGGAAAAGUAAAGGAAAGAAAAAACAUUAA